GCACAUCCGUUGGAAGUUGGGGAAGUGUCAUCAUGUGAAUCCAGUAAUGACAGUAACGAUGUAUUUACAUCACCGGAUCACCACGGGGCGUUAACGGACUCCCCCGGCCCGCCAACGUGCCUAUUCAGCUGCAUGGCAGUAUGGCCAUGAUGUUGGUCCUGGCAUGACCAGAAGAGGAUCUUGCUGCUGCCACGCCCAGCUUCAGUACCAAGCUUCUAGCCAAAGCGUCCCGGACAUACGACAGACUGAGCCUCCUUUGGCUGGUCCUACGAGACGAUGGGAGUCAGAUCCUGCUCAAAUCUAUAUGACAGGAGUAGCUGGGGGAACAGUGGAUACGUCAUAUGCUGCAGGUAUAAGCAGCGGCCCAGCCCAUCAAGGAAAUGUCAUUGUCAACAACUUCACGAGACCAACAGAAGCAACAAGCAAUUCAGAUAUGGACUCGUGUUCUGAUGAAGAUAACAAUGAUUGCAACGGGGACAUCAGGAACGAGCUGAAGAGGACGUUUAUGUACUACAGGGAGGACUUUGAACUUCUCUUGCAGCAGGCUGCAGGGAUCCUUCUGCUGUACAUCAUCCUGCCGGUCUUUGUCCUAGGAUGCAUGACUGUGCUGGCAACAGAUGCCCCACUCAUCAAGUUCGGGGUUCUUGUUCUGGCAGUGUUCGUCUCUAGGUUCACAGUUGUACUUAAGUAGGGAUUGACGUCAGUCAUUUUCUAAAUUUUUUAUUUGAUAUUCCAAAUUUGAUGCAUCAGUGACAAAAUUUAUGUAAUGCCCUAUGUUGACUUAUGCCACACGUUCCCGAAUUAGUUCAGGUAAACAACUGACUCGAUUUAGCAUAAUAAAUAUGUUUAUGACGGGUGCCAUCUGUGAGUCAGGAUACGCUCAUCUUUUCGCGAACACCUUUUAUCAUCACUAUUUC